AUGGAGCGGUCCGUGCAUCGUGAGGAAAAGGAGAAGGUGCUCGUGCGCGUCAACCUCGGCGACCACCGCGAGAACCUCGAGGUCGAAUCGCACGGCGGCGAGGUCUACUGGGUCCCGCUCGGCAAGCCGCUCGGCAUAGUCUUUAAAGAGAAUGCGACGGGCGACAUCCUAGUGGACGAUGUGCAGCACGGCGGGCACGCGGAGCACGCGCCCAUCCACAAGGUGCGCGCGGGCGACCGCCUGCUGGCGACGACCGCGCGAAGCACUGCGACGAGCGGCGCCGCCAAGUGGGCUACUGAGCCGGUGGUGCUGAACGUCGCUGGCGAGCGCUUCGAGACGGUCAUGGCGGCGAUCUCGUCGAACGCAUCGUACGGCGGAGAUGUCAUCCUGGCCCGCAACGGAGCAGUUCUAGUGGACGAGCUCGUGCCACGUGGCAACGCUGACAAGGCAGACCCACCCAUCCAGCCCGGAGACAGGCUGCUUGCCACGUCAGCGUGGGCAUCAGACCCCAACGGUCAGCGGCAGCAGGUUAUGUUCAAAGCUGUUGGGGAGCCAUUUGACAUCGUCAUGGCUGCCAUAGGCUCCAACUCAUGUGCCCAGUGCCACAUCGCUGUGGUGCUGGAGCGACAAGGGAAGGGCGCUCGGAGCGAGUAA